AUCAAGGACCUUCAAACACCAUCCUGCAGUUGCUCAGCUGCCUGCUUCAUUCUUCUUGCUCAAGAGAGAGGGCUGAUGGACUGCUGCGGGAAGUACGCAGCUGUCACUCUGACUGCUCUCUCUGUGCUUCUUCACCUCCUCCAUGCCUUCCCGGACGGAGAGUUUCUCAUGCAAGGCUGUCCAGAGUGCAAGCUAGGGGAGAACAGAUUCUUUUCCAAGCCAGGAGCUCCCAUUUACCAGUGCACUGGGUGCUGUUUCUCUCGGGCCUACCCCACCCCAAUGAGAUCCAAGAAGACCAUGCUCGUCCCGAAGAACAUCACGUCGGAAGCAACGUGCUGUGUGGCCAAGGCUUUUACCAAGAUUACCCUUAAGGACAAUGUGAAGAUAGAGAACCACACAGAUUGUCACUGCAGUACCUGCUACUAUCAUAAAUCCUAAAGGCCGGUCCCUUUCUUAAUGACCAAGGACAACAGUGAAUGGAAUAUUUGGGGUGUUUCAGCCUUUGCAGCAGCACUGUGCAGAGUCUUGUUCGCUGGUCAAGGUGCUGGGAAGAGCCUAUGAGUAAGAUGGAUGAUUGUUUUGUUUCCUCUUUGCUGCUUCCUGCAUUUAAGUGAGUUUCCUUCUUUCCAUUAGGGAUAAAAUACAGCACUUGCAUGACAACAGAAUGCUUGGUCUGCUUUGAAAAUAAACUGUCAGUUAAGUCA